CCGCCGCGCCGCUGGGCGGAGGGCCGCUGCUUGCCGCGCCGCCUGGGCCGCGCGACGGUCAGUUCUCGAGGAGAUCCCCCUCGCCGCCACCGCCCCGGGCGGCGCUCGCCCACGCGCCCGGGACGCUCGCCGCCGCCCCCGGCGGCUGGGGGCGCCCGCAGCCGCGGCCCUUUGGCAGCCCCCCGCCGCGGCCGCCUCCAGCAGCCUGGCCGCCGCCGCCGCGGCCUGGGCACGCCAUGGCGGCGUCGGCCGCGGCUGCGGCUGCGGCCGCAGCCGCGAUGCCAGAGGCCAUGGCGGCCGCAGCCGUCUCCGCGGCCGCGGCUGCUGCGGCGGCACCUCACAGGCCUCUGUCGCCAGGGCUGCCGCUGCCAGGGCGGUCGCCGUCCCCUCCGGGCAGCAUCCUGCUGCCCGUCGGAGGCCCCGGCGCCGGGCGGCCUCCUGACGGCAGCCCCAGGAUACAGGCCGCCCGCUGGGCGGCCGGCGCGCACAGCGCGCCCCGCCCCUUGGCACCCGCGGCGCGCCACAGGUUGUUGCCUUGACGCCUCGCGCUGAUGAUGGUGGGGCAGUGAGUCAAGGGCAUUAUGUAAAUUAUCUCCCCCGAUUUCCUUCCCAUCUUCCUCCUUCGCCCCACCUCUCCCUCGCGCCCACCCGGCCGCGCGCGCGCCUCCGGUUUGGCGGGCGCCAGGCGACCUGCCCCCGCCGACUCGCGCCCGGAUGCGCGGCUUCGCGCGCUCGCUGCCAGGGCGCGCGAGAAAUGCCAGCUGCGGGCUCCGUCGUCGUCGUCGUCGCCGUCGCCGUCGCCGUCGCCGUCGCCGUCGUCUCAACGCCGUUUUGCCAUCGCC